AAAAAAAAGUAAUAGAGAGGCCGGCUUGGGGUAUAAGCCAGUUCUUCUUCUUUCUUAAAGCUUCUUCUCAUCAGUCAUCACCGUAAUCUAACUCGCAAAACUAUCAAGCUCAGCGAUUCUUUACGGUUGUCAGAAGUUUCGAUUUCUCCAGCGAUGGAUCUCAAUCUCGAUGCGCCGCACUCUAUGGGGACGACCAUCAUCGGCGUCACUUACAAUGGAGGUGUCGUCCUCGGAGCCGACUCACGUACCAGCACCGGGAUGUACGUAGCGAACAGGGCUUCUGAUAAGAUCACACAACUCACAGAUAAUGUCUACGUCUGCCGCUCUGGAUCGGCUGCUGAUUCUCAAGUUGUCUCUGACUAUGUUCGCUACUUCCUUCACCAGCAUACAAUUCAGCUGGGGCAGCCUGCGACUGUAAAGGUUUCUGCCAACCUUAUCAGGAUGCUCGCUUAUAAUAACAAGAACAUGCUCCAAACUGGUCUCAUCGUUGGAGGAUGGGACAAGUAUGAGGGUGGGAAAAUCUAUGGAAUUCCACUCGGUGGAACUGUAGUCGAGCAACCUUUUGCCAUAGGAGGUUCUGGUUCAAGCUAUCUUUACGGGUUCUUCGAUCAGGCCUGGAAAGAAAACAUGACCAAAGAAGAAGCCGAGCAACUUGUUGUGAAGGCAGUAUCAUUAGCCAUCGCCCGUGAUGGAGCCAGUGGAGGUGUCGUACGAACUGUCAUAAUCAACUCAGAGGGAGUCACGAGAAACUUCUACCCUGGAGAUAAGUUGCAGCUUUGGCACGAGGAAUUGGAGCCCCAAAACUCACUCUUAGACAUCCUGAACGCUGCCGGUCCUGAGCCAAUGGCCAUGUGAUGAGCAGACAACGAUCAUUAUCUUACUCUUGGGCAAACAUUUUAGAUAUUGCAUUACAUUUUCCAGUGUCUUAAAGACUUUAAACGCUGUUUGAGGUUCUUUUGUAAUGACUUUUUAAUGGAUAUCGUGUUUAUUAUGGCUAUGGUUUUCUAAUU